AUGGGUGUUCCAGCUUUCUACCGCUGGUUGGCGGACAAAUACCCGUUGAUUAUAGUGGAUGUGAUUGAAGAGGAGCCGCAGGUGAUCGACGGCGUGACGGUGCCGGUGAACACGGUGGAAGCGAACCCUAACGGCGAGUUCGACAAUCUGUACCUCGACAUGAACGGCAUCAUUCACCCGUGCUUCCACCCCGAGGAUCGCCCGUCCCCCACCACCCUGCACGAGGUGUUUCAGAACAUCUUUGACUACAUUGACCGCCUCUUCGCCAUGAUCCGCCCUCGCAAAGUGCUCUUCAUGGGCAUUGACGGUGUGGCCCCGCGAGCCAAGAUGAACCAGCAGCGCUCCAGACGAUUCCGAGCAGCAAAGGACGCAGCAGACGCUGCAGCAGAGGAGGAGCGGCUCAGAAAGGAGUUUGAGGUGGAGGGGCGCAUGGUGCCACCCAAGGAGAAGUCGGAGACGGUCGACUCCAACGUCAUCACGCCCGGCACGCCCUUCAUGCAGCAGCUCUCCGUCGCGCUGCAGUACUACAUUCAUCUUAGGAUCAACCAGGACCCUGCCUGGAAGAACGUUAAGGUGAUCCUAUCAGACGCCAACGUGCCAGGCGAGGGAGAGCACAAGAUCAUGAACUACAUUCGCCUGCAACGGAACCUUCCGGGCUUCGACCCCAACACACGCCACUGCAUCUACGGGCUGGACGCGGAUCUGAUCAUGCUGGCCCUCGCAACACACGAAGUUCACUUCACCAUUCUCAGAGAGGUGGUGUUUCAGCCCGGGCAGGUGGACAAAUGUUUCCUGUGCGGGCAGACGGGGCACUUGGCGGCGGAGUGUGAGGGCAAGCCGAAGCGCAAGAGGGGCGAGAACGAUGAGAAGGACGGGGGUGUACCCAAGAAGCCGUUUCAGUUGCUGCAGUGCUGGGUGCUGCGAGAGUACCUGGAGCUGGAGUUCCGUGUGCCAGGAGUGGAGAUGGAUUUAGAGAGGGUGUUGGACGACUUUGUCUUCAUGUGCUUCUUCGUGGGGAAUGACUUCCUGCCGCACAUGCCCACUCUCGAGAUCAGAGAGGGCGCCAUCAACCUGCUGGUGUCCAUCUAUCGUCGCGAGUUUGCCAACCUGGGAGGCUACCUCACAGAGAAUGGGGAGGUAGAUCUGAGGCGGGUGGAGCAUUUCAUCCAGGCCGUGGCGGUGCACGAGCAGUCCAUCUUCAUGAAGCGCGCCCGCAUCCACCAGAGGCAGAAGGAUAGGAGGGUGAGAGACAGGCAGCAGAAGGAGCGCAAUCAGUACCGCAAGGGAGACGAGGCGGCCCCCAACGUCCCCUCCUCCGCCCUGCAGCCACUGCCAGCCUCGCAGCAGCCAACGCACCACGGAGGACUAUACAGCCGCAGCGACAUGAACAGUGCCUCCCGCAAUUCCUUCGCGCUGCUCGCCACGCCCCUCGCGAACCCCUCUUCUACCACCAAUGGAUCGGCUGGGGGGAGCAACCAGGCGGCUGCUGCUGCUCUGCGCGCCAAGCUGGCAGGCCACGCCACGUCAGCAUCGUCGGCCGACCCGGCUGCGCCACCUGCGGAGGAGGAGGAGGAGGAUCUACAGGAGGAGCUCAAGUUCAAGCUCAAGUCGGCGCUCAAGGACAAGUCAGAUCUGUUUGCCGGGGUCAAGGAGCCGGAUGAUGAGAUCCGGCUGGGAGACGACGGGUGGAAGGAGCGGUACUACCAGCAGAAGUUUGGCGUGACGUCGUAUGAGGAGCAGGAGCGCAUUCGCCAGGACGUGGUGCUGAAGUUUGUGGAGGGUCUGUGCUGGGUCAUGCGAUAUUACUACCAAGGCGUGUGUUCUUGGAACUGGUACUACCCGUACCACUACGCACCCUUUGCAUCGGACCUGGUGCAUCUGGACGAGUUGGAGAUCCACUUCUUCCUCGGCCGCCCCUUCAAGCCCUUCGACCAGCUCAUGGGCGUGCUGCCCGCCGCCAGUUCCGGCGCACUGCCAACAGCAUACCGCAAGCUCAUGUCGGACCCUGCCUCACCCAUUGUUGACUUCUACCCCACUGACUUCAGUGUCGACAUGAACGGCAAGCGCUUCGCUUGGCAGGGAGUGGCGUUGCUGCCGUUCAUUGAUGAGGACCGUCUGUUAGAAGCCAUCAAGCAAGUCGAGUCCACUCUCACUCCCGAGGAGAGGCGGCGCAACAGCCAGCUGUGCGAGCUGAUGUACUUCUCAUCGGGGUAUCCACUAGCCAAGGCGGUGUGGGAGAUGAUGGGCAAGUGGGGGCAGCUCGACGCCAAGGCACGCGCGCACAAGAAGCACGCCAUUGAGCCCAGCCUCAGGGGGAAUGAAUGCAUCAGCGAUGGCAUGAACGGGUAUCUAGUGCUCUGUGACGGUCAGCCCUGCCCGGCCAUGCUACGUGCCCCCAUGACCGGAUUCGAGACCAUCACCAGCAACCAAGUCAUCUGUGUGGUCUACAAGAAUCCUGACUUCCAUCGUCACAUCUGCCGCCCGCCAGCUGGCGCCAUCUACCCCCCCAAGUUGGUAUCAGAGAUGGACAUUAAGUCGGAGCCGCUGUGGCACGAGGACACAUGGGGGCGACGGCGACCGCAGAUACAGGACAGGCGGCCAGUGCACAAUGCCAUAGGAGGGCCCGCCUUGGGGGCCGCAGCCACUCGUCUGCUUCUCAACUCUCUCGGCGCCGCUGGGCGGCAGGGCGGGGCGGCAGCCGCCCAGCUGCGGGAAGCGCAGCAGCGGCUGAGUCACAUGGGCACUGCCGGCCCCGUGCCCCUCCCUGUUCCCCUAGCGGGCGGCAUUCUCCCCGUACAGUCACCCUACAGCCAGGCCGCCCCUUAUAGUGGGGGUUACAGUCACGGGCAAAGGGGGGGGUACAGUGCGGUGCAAUCGGCAGACCCUAGGGUUGCUGCUUAUGGAGGGAAAGCAGGGGCCUAUGGGCAGCAGCAGCAGCAGCAUCAGCAGCAGCAGCAGCAGCCGCAGGGGUAUGGGUAUCGGGGGGGACAGGCCGUAUACCAGCAGCAGCAGCCGGCACAGGGGGGGUACUAUCAGCAGCAGCAGCAGCAGCAAGGGGGGUACGGUGGGAAUGUGUGGGUGAGGCCUGGUAGUGGAGCAGGCGCACAAGUGGCACCACAAGUGGCAGCACAAGCGGCAGGGGGGUAUGGGCAAGCGGGAGGGUAUGGUGGGAGAGGGGGGUAUGGGGCGGGGCAACAGGGGUAUGGGGGGGGUCAGCAGCAGCAGGGGUAUGGGGGGCAACAGGGACGGGGGUAUGGACAGCAAGGGGGAGGGUAUGGGCAGGGCAGGGGAGGGCAAUACGGUCAAAGUAGGCGCUGA